GACUUCCAUCAUUACCAUCUCAACAACACCUGGGUCAUUUAAACUUCAGCAGUACACACAUCACAAUAACGAAGCAGAAACUCCGCAGAUAUGUCAUCGAACAAGCCAAACGAGCAACUCCCUCGCCAGGAGGAAGGGGAGCAGAGGUCGGAACAGACCACUCAGCCCGACCAGCCGCAACAUCACACCACCGCCGAAGAUGACGAGUGCGAGGACAACAUCAUCCAAAACCAAGAGGACCAGGUCGAUGGCGACGAGGGCGAGGAGUACGACGAGGAGGAUCCCGAUGGCGAGAACCAGCGAGUGCUAGAGGACGACUACAACCAGUCAGGCGCCGACCAAGAUCAGGAAGAGGAACAACCAGAAGAAGAAGGAGAGGAAGAACAAGAAGAAGGCGACGAAGCAUACCCGGCCCCUCAACCACAACAACAAGAGGAAGAGGACGAAGAAGAGGACAGCCCAGCGCUCUCGCAGCCUCCCACGCCCAAGGACGAAGAGAAGGCGACACAGCCCAAGUGGAUGCAGAAGCAGAAGCAAGGGACCGCCGCCAAGAAUCAGCAGGUGGAGCGCCGCCGUCGCCGUCGCCGGCACCGGUACAGCGACGACGAAGAUUCGGAAGAUGACGACGACUACGGCGAAGACGCGGCCUACCAGCAGCAGUUGCGCCAUCAGCAGAUGAUGAUGCAGCAGCAACAACAGCAGAUGCAGAUGCAGCAGCAGCAGGGCGGCGGCGGCGGCAAGAACCCGCUCAAGCUGCGGCUGGAUCUCAACCUCGAGGUCGAGAUUGAGUUAAAGGCGCAUAUCCAUGGUGAUUUGACGCUGGCUCUGCUGUACGUGGAUUCUCUUCUUUUCUCUCUAGCUCACUGCGCCAACUCCUUUGGUUGCUCCUACCUGCACCUCCCUAAAUUCACACGAACAAAAACUUUGCCCCAACAGAAGCUUAUUUCCCCAGCAGUCAAUAAUACAACCACCAAAGUGCUUUAAGGACAAGGGCUAACCAUGGCGUUUCUCGCUUCUUUCCCUGCUUGCAGGGAUGGUAUGUAAUCACCGAUUUACUUGAGCGGCAAAGGAUACUGGAUGUUUGCAAAGCACUCGACAUACACGCGUAGGAGGAUAGAUAUCUCUAGUUGGAAGGGCGUUUUGGUUGAUGUCUUUUGCGUGAGGGGAUUGGGGCGCCGCAAGCGAGCUCUAACAGAUUAUAUGCCUCCCUUCGGUUCAUAAGCGUUCCUAGGUAUUCCUAUGUAUGCCCAGCACUGUUUUGUAUAGCGUAUCUUGCUUCAUCUUCAUCUACCGUACCCGUUUCGUGGCGGACUUGAUGUCGAGUCGUUUUGGUCCUUUCUGAUGAUAGUGUUGAAUUAAAAUGGGCCUUGUUCACUAGUGAAUCUGCAGACUUAGCGCCGUAUUCGCCGGAGC